UGGACAUUCGUUCUGCGUUCAUCACGUCUUUCAAGACCGUCUGCCUGCAUGACCUAAACAAAAACAUGGCCUCCACAUUGACUGAAGAGCAAUUUCAGUGCAGCAUCUGUUUGUACAGCUUCAAAAACCCUGUCUCUAUACCAUGUGGGCACAAUUUCUGCCUGGAGUGCAUCAAAUGUUAUUGGGAUGUGGCGUAUAAGUCAGAGUGUCCGCUGUGCAAAGAAUCCUUCAGAAGUCGCCCCGAACUCAGGGUGAAUUUGGCCUUAAAAGAAAUGACUCUAAGAUUUCAAAGCUUGUUAAAGGAAAUGAAAGGAUUCAAACCAGUUCCAUCAAAGAGACCCAUCAUUCCACUACAGCCACACAGGUCUGAAGAAGAGAAGGGGAGCAAUAAGAUCAAGACUCAGAUAAAGAAGACCCAAGAGCAGUAUCAACAGAUGAUCCAGACCCGAAUCAGAAAGACCGAGGAGAUCAAACAGUCAAUGGAGCUGAGCAAAAGAAAUAAAGAAAGAGAGAUACAGGCCAGCGUUCAGGCUGCCACAAUGAUGAUAAGUGCCAUUGAGAGAAACCAGAAUUUGCUCAUCAAGGAGAUCGAACGGAAGCAGGAGGUGGCUGAGAAGAGAGCAGAGGAGCUUCUCAAGGAGAUCAGCCAGGAGAUCAUUGAGCUGCAGAAGAGACGCAGUGAGCUGCACCUCCUGGAGCACAUUGAGAACCCAGUUCAACUCCAGCAGAACUUUUUACGUCUGAACGCUCCGAUGUCCGUCAAGCACUGGGCUGACGUCAGAGUCCAGUCGGACAGCUACGUGGGGACUGUGAGGAGAACUUUCUCCAAACUGGUCGACAUCUGCCAGGAACUGGAGAAGAAACUGUGUGCAGAGGAGGUAAACAAGAUGAAUAAAUAUGCAGUGGAUGUAACUCUGGAUCCUGCUACUGCUGCUGGCUGGGUGGUCCUGUCCCCGGAUAAUAAAAAGGUGAGCAUGAGCUCCCAGCAGUGGAGGAGCCCGCUAUCUGACGACCCCCGCAGGUUCAACUCCUGCGUCGCCGUGCUGGGAAAACAAAACUUCACAUCUGGGAAACGUUACUGGGUGGUUCAGGUAGGAUAAAAGGAUCAAAUAAAUAACUGCUGUGAUCAGUGUG